AUGGAAAAUGCAGGUGAUAAAAUGAAGGCGCACAUGUUACGGAACAAUUUAAUUUUCCACGGCAUUCCACAGAGUGGUUUGGAAACAUGGGAACAGACGGAAGAGUUACUAUGUGGAUUUAUUACUGAUAAACUGGAUAUUGACGGUUCACAGAUAGAAUUUCAGAUUGUUCACCGUUUAACUUAUGCCCGUAGCCGACCACAACCAAUAAUAGGCAAGUUUCUUAGGUAUAAACAGAGGGAUGAAGUUCUACGUGCUGCUCAGAAGGUGCUACAACAAACGACGCUUAUCCCCGUGCUUCGUUCCACAGCGCUUUUAAAGGAAUUCGCGUUCACAAGUCGCCCGGAAACUAUUCCGAGUAAGGAGUUAGUCAAAUCAUUUGACAGUGACUUUAUCACCAUGGUUUACAAUGUAUAUGACGGUGGUACGGAGGAAGAGAAACCGAAAAAUGGAUGUUUCGUGACAAAAACUGCAGGUAUUUUGAUCUUCGUCGUCGUAGUUCUCAUUCUGAUCGGCGCGGUUCUUAUGGCGUACUACAUCCCGCAGUCGUCGUGCGACGACGGCGAGACGGAAGACGGAGUGCCGAUGCCGGACGCCACCGUCACGGAAGAACCUAGCAUUGAGUUCGACGGUCUGUUGCCAGACACGCUAGUGCCUUAUCACUAUCGCGUUAAAUUAAAACCGUACUUGGACGAAGAACUGGAUGGGGAAGAUUGGAAGAAGCUCGAUGGUGAGACAUCCAUCUACAUAUCGUGUAUAAAAAACACCAACGAGAUAAAAGUUCACCACCGAUUGAUGACAAUAUCAACAUACGAGGUGAGAGACGAAGACGGAAAUGAAAUCGCUGUUACUAGUACAGAAAUAGAUAAUAUGUAUGCCUGGUUUAUAAUGUACACGAGCGAGGACUUGUUAGCGGGUAGAAAUUACUCUCUCCAUUUCGUGUACCAGGGAACCGUCGACCAAGCAGAUAUAAGAGGGUUUUACUAUAGCAGUUAUAUGGAAAAUGAUAUCGAAACACCAUUUGUUGCAACACACUUUGAGCCAACUCGUGCUCGUGACGCUUUCCCGUCAUUCGACGAGCCGCAUCUGAAAGCAACAUUUGACACCAUCCUCGUGCACCGGACAGCUGGGGUGAGCUAUGAGAGAAUAGCGUUAUCCAACAUGGAGAAUAUAAAGAAUGUAACGGACGGGGACUGGAACGAGGCUCAUUUCGCCACCUCAGUGAAAAUGUCGACGUAUCUCAACUGCUAUGUCAUCGGAGAGUUCGUUUGCAAAGAGAACAGCAACAGAACCCGUUACCAGUUUCGUGUAUGGAGUCGUCCAUCAACGAUCAAUUCAACACAGUACUCCUUGGACAUUGGCAUGGAUACUCUGACAUAUUUUGAACACCUCUUUGGUGUAGAUUACAAUCUGGCUAAAAUGGACAUGGUCGCAUUAACGGCAUUUUCACCCGGGGCUAUGGAAAACUGGGGUUUGAUUCUAUACAGAGAGACCCGGAUGUUGUACCCUUGGGAAGAUUAUAAAACACCAGCAACGAAGAAGGGUGUCGCCCUCAUCGUUGGUCACGAAAUACUGCAUCAGUGGUGUGGUAACUAUGUGACAAUGAUAUGGUGGGAUCACAUAUGGUUGAAUGAAGGAUUCGCCAGCUACUUCCAACAUGAUUCUGCAGACUAUGUUGAGCCACAGUAUCACUUUUUCGACCAAUUUUUCUUGGAAGACGAGACGUAUAGUGCUAUGCAGGUCGACCAGGAUGGAUCAUCGAGGCCAAUGAUAACACCUGUUGGUUUUUACGAAGAAAUAAGGAGUCUCUUUGACAGGAUAUCCUACGAGAAGGGUGCAGCUAUUAUCAUGAUGAUGAAGUCGUUCUUGGGCGAGGAUGUGAUGAUGGAAGGAAUCAGAAAUUAUAUUAAAGAUAACUUAUUUUCAAAUGUUCAUACCGACGAUCUAUGGCAAGCUUUGUCCGAGGUUAGCCCUUACAACAUGAAACAGAUUAUGGACACAUGGACGUUACAGAUGGGAUACCCCGUAGUGAACGUAAACAGAGUAGAUGACGUAGUGACUGCGGACCAAGAACAUUUCUUAGUGGCCCCUUAUGACGAGGUAGAGGACGACGAAUACACAAAUAAAGGUUACAAAUGGUAUGUUCCACUGACGUAUACUCACCAAGGUGAGAAAGAAUAUAUCAAUCCAGGAAUGGUUUGGAUGAACCAAGACUCAGCAACUAUAGAGUUUACGAACAUUGAUGAGGAACACUGGUACUUAGUCAAUAUUAACCACACUGCCUACAUCCGGGUAAAUUAUGAUGCUGAAAACUGGGAAAAAUUGAUAAAACAGUUAAAUGAAUCUUUUGAGGUCUUCCCAAUUCGAAGCAGAUCGGCUCUAAUAAGCGAUGCAUUCAUACUAGGCGAAGCGCAACAACUUGACAACGUAAUUGCAGUAAGACUGAUGGAGUAUCUCUAUAAAGAAGACCAAUACCUCCCUUGGGAUACGUGUAUCAGUGGGCAAUACUAUACGCUGUAUUCGCUAUGGAGAACAACAACAUAUGGACGAUGGGAGAAGUACCUCCGUUAUCUGCUUUCUCCGAGUUAUGAUGACCUUGGCUGGGAUUUCGAGUACACAUACAGCGAAGGCAAUGAAGUUGAAUAUUAUAGGCAGUUGACAACCGUCCGUGCUGCAUGUUUUUACAACCACGUAGAAUGUGCCGGUAAUGCCACAAGUCUCUAUCAUCAAUGGAUGGCCUCGCCUGACGAUGACAAUCCAAUUGAACCGAACAUGAGACAUUCCGCGUACUGUACUUCGAUUCGUCUUGGCAGUCACGAGGAGUGGCAGUUCGCAUUUGAAAGACAGAAGGACGACGAAGACGAGGGCGGUAGAUUGAGAUCCGCAAUGGCAUGUAGCAGAGAUCCAUGGGUUCUUGUUGGAUAUAUGGAAACUUCUCUUGACGAGAAUAGUGGAUUAUCUCCACUCACAACUAUUGGAUACGUAAGAGAUAACUCUGGGCUAGGUUUUAAUCUUGCGUGGGACUUUACACUGGACAACUUUAAUGAUCUACACGCCCUAUACGAAACCAGUGCCUAUGGCCUGGUAUUUAGCUUCGCUGUAAAGAUGAACACCCAGGAGGAUUUAGACAGCUUGAUGUCGUUUGGUUCCACGCAUUACGACAUGCCCGGGGAGGCCGCUGUCGGAUUUUACGAAGCCAUUAAAAUGGUAAAAAAUAACAUCAACUGGACUGACCGAAACGCGGAAGAUAUCGAGAACUUUUUAUUCGAAGUCACCAGUAGAAUUCCAUAAUUUUCAAAAUAACAAGUUCCAUACCAAUCGUGUUCCUUUGAUCGUCAUGGGUUCAUUGGAAUUGGUGUGGAUAUACGAAGUGCCAAUAUAAUUUGUUCUGAUACAAAUCUGAAUAUAUUUAGCAAGGACUGUACUUGUGUGCGCAUUGAAUUCAUCGAGCCAUGAUGUCCAAUUUCAAUGAUUUUGGGGGCGUUACAAUACCGAUUACACUAAUUUCUCCGUACGCUGAAAAAACAACUGUCGCAUUGGAUAUCGUUGGCGUUAUAUUACGUUGCCUUGCUGUCGGACAUAUCAUCAUAGGCUAGCUUCUGCUCGAAUCGUUAUGCUUAUUUAUUAUCCAUCAAUAAUGAACAUUGCUUUAUAGAAUGAUGCGUUUCUAAGUAACGGUUUGGUGACGCAUUUUAAUCAGGGAUUAUUAUCGAGUCUCGUUUAGGAUUUAAUCUUUGCAUAGGUACAUAUUUUGGACACGCGACUGCUGCAGUUUUUAAACAUAUGACUGACGUAUUGUAUGUAUGCCACGUCCGAUCUGAACAAGUACACUAAUUAUUAGUUCUCCCCCGCACAACGUUUGUAGUUCUCAGUUGACAUCUGUUCCGCGUGACACCUCGGAUAUUAGAGUAGUUGCGGUUGGAGCAAAUAACUCACCAAU